AUGUUGAAGUCAUCUGUGAAAAGAAGAAGGGCUGCUGAAGACGACAGUGAAAAUCAGACAAAAAGAUAUUUAGUUGGUUCGUUUGAUAGAGAACAAGUGGUGAAAAGUUGUGACAGUGAUAAUAGUUAUCUGAAAAAAACGUUUUCCGACGGUUUGCUGAAAUUCUGUCACAAUUUGCCAAAUUUUUCCCCAUCUAAAGGCACAUACUCUACUUCAAUUAACGUUUCAUAUUUGUCUAAAUUAAAAUUUUGUGAAGAUAUGAAUAAUCUUGUUACACAGCCUGAUAUAUCUAAAAAUUCAAAAAAGAAGAAGAAAAAUAAGAAUAAGAAAAAGAAAAGUACUGUUGAAGGAAAUAAUCAAAACAAUGAGCAAAUUCUUUUAGAUAGAAUAAAUCAUCCAGAAUUAGGAAGCGAUUUUAUGGAGCCGGAUCAAUUUUCUUCCCUUAAUUCCCCAGAAAAUUAUUUACCAAGUCCAUCUCAAGAACACCAAGGAUAUUUUUUUGAAAAUGGUGAUUUAACUCACGAACAAUUACAAUAUGAAACAUUUUAUCAACAACAUCAUAGAAGUCCAUCAGCGAGGGUUUUAGUUGAUCCUGAUGGUGCUAAAGAUCCAAAAUAUCAGGCACCAUUAGGAAGCGACGAUGAAGAACAAGAGGAUCCAAAUGACUACAGAAAAGGUGGAUAUUAUUUUGUUAACAUUGGUGAUGUUUUUAAUGGAAGAUAUCAUGUUAUUCGAAAACUUGGUUGGGGUCAUUUUUCAACUGUUUGGCUUUGUUGGGAUACUGAAGAGAAAAGAUUUGUUGCGUUGAAGAUAUUGAAAAGUGCUUCACAAUAUCGUGAUGCAGCUUUAGAUGAGAUAAAGCUUUUGUUGCGUUGUAAAACAAUGGCGCAAUAUGAUAACCGUGGUGAUAAAGUUGUUCAAAUGUUGGAUCAAUUUGUCAUACCAGGGAAAGACAACGAAGAACAUGUGGUUAUGGUUUUUGAAGUUUUAGGAUGUAGUCUUUUAAAACUAAUUAUAAAAAGUAAUUACAAUGGACUUCCUUUGGAACAAGUAAAAGAAAUUACAAAACAACUUUUAGAAGCUCUUGUGUUUCUUCAUGAAAAAGCCGGUAUUAUUCAUACUGAUAUUAAGCCUGAGAAUGUACUAGUGACUAUGUCACAUGCUGAUAUUAAAAAAAUGGCUACAGAAGCUAUAGUUUGUAGGAAAAAGGGUAUUGAUAUGGGAGGAAGUGCUGUUGCAUCAAUUCCUAAAAGUGUUAUCAAUGGUAGACUUGGACCAUUAAAUAAGAAUCAAAAAAAGAAACUUAGAAAGAAAAAGAAAAAGCAUUUAAAAAAGUUGACAGAACAAUUAGAAGAUGUCGCUGGUAUAAAAGUUGAUGAAUGUAUGGAGUUAGAAAAGAAUACGGAUUCAAAAAUUUCAUCUUCUGCUUGUAAUAUUAUUAGAGAUAACAAAAACACAUCUGACUUUCUUAAAAAAUCAUUUUUGCCUGAAUCUUUAUUUAAAACAAAUAUACCAUCGAUACCCAGAAUCGGCUUAAAACCUUUUAUUAAACAUCCUAUAGUAUCAAAUCAAGUAGAAAAUAGUAAUUGUAAUACAGUAGGAUCUUCUAUUAUUACUAAGACUUUGAAUGAAAUAAACAUGCCAAAUGGAGAUGUUUCUGCAUCAGAAAUUUUAAGUCCUUCUGCAUUUGCGAGUCCACGAAGUGAACAUCCUCCAAGUGGUUUUAUACUAAAUUCAGAAGAAGGAGAAUUAAAUGAUGGUCUAGAGGAAUUUUCCAAAAUUGAUGUUAAAUUGGCGGAUCUAGGAAAUGCAUGUUGGGUUGAUCAUCAUUUUACAGAGGACAUUCAAACUCGUCAAUAUAGAAGUUUAGAAGUUCUUAUUGGUGCUGGAUAUGGUCCACCUGCUGAUAUUUGGUCUCUUGCUUGUAUGAUUUUUGAACUUGCUACUGGUGAUUAUCUCUUUGAACCUCACUCUUCAGAAACAUAUUCCCGUGAUGAAGAUCAUCUAGCUCAUAUUAUUGAACUAUUAGGCAAAAUUCCCGGUAACGUAUUUAGACAAGGUAAACACUGGAGAGAAUUUUUUAAUAGAAAUGGACAGUUGAAACAUAUUCAUCAUCUUAGACCAUGGAGUUUACUUGAGGUUUUAACUCAAAAAUAUGAAUGGCCUUUUGAAAAGGCUCGGUCUUUCACAUCUUUUCUCUUACCUAUGUUAGAAUAUGAUCAAAAAGAAAGAGCUACAGCCAGUCAAUGUUUACAACAUAAAUGGAUAACUGGUGCAGCUAAUAAUCAGAACCAAAAACCUAAUCAAACAGAUUUUUCUAAUUUAUGUCUACCUAAUCGUUACCCUAAUUAUGAUGAUGUUAUAAAUAGUCCUUCAUCAUACAAUUUUGGAUCUGCUAUUGCAUCAAUCAACAGUCAAAGUAAAAGUUCAAUGAGAGACGAUUCACCAGAUUAUGAUAAUUUUAGUGAUGAGGAAAUAAAAGAGUAUGCAAGAAAUUUAAAUCGACCAGAUUUACAAAAUUUGGGUUUGAAUGAAAUGAUGCCCAGUGAAAGUAGUUCUAAUGAUUUUUAA